GGGGCGGCUACACUGUAUCUAUUGUAUUGGAUUCCCCUGCCGCCCUCUCUUUUCUUUCCUUUUUCUUGGUAGUUUGCACAUUUCCACUGGAGGUUUAAAUCAGGGGAAGCAAAGCAUGGCUGACGAACAGGAGAUCAUGUGCAAACUUGAAAGUAUCAAAGAGAUCAGAAAUAAGACUCUGCAGAUGGAAAAGAUCAAGGCCCGCUUGAAGGCUGAAUUCGAAGCACUGGAGUCUGAGGAAAGGCACCUGAAGGAAUACAAGCAGGAAAUGGAUCUCUUGCUGCAGGAGAAGAUGGCCCAUGUAGAGGAAUUGCGUCUUAUACAUGCUGACAUCAAUGUCAUGGAGAACACUAUCAAACAGUCAGAGAAUGACCUCAACAAACUCUUGGAAUCCACCCGCCGUCUGCAUGAGGAAUACAAGCCUUUGAAGGAGCAUGUGGACGCCUUGAGGAUGACGCUGGGCUUGCAGAGGUUGCCGGACUUAUGCGAGGAGGAAGAGAAACUCUCCCUUGAUUACUUUGAAAAGCAGAAAGCGGAGUGGCAGACGGAACCACAGGAGCCUCCCAUCCCAGAAUCUUUGGCUGCUGCUGCAGCUGCAGCACAACAGCUGCAGGUGGCCAGGAAACAGGACACCCGGCAGACGGCAACCUUCAGACAACAGCCCCCACCUAUGAAGGCCUGCUUGUCGUGCCAUCAGCAAAUCCACCGGAACGCGCCUAUUUGCCCGCUGUGCAAAGCGAAAAGCCGGUCUCGGAAUCCCAAGAAGCCCAAGAGGAAGCAAGAUGAAUGAAAAUGGGGGGGACAGAGCACUUGCCAAGAAAACUUGUAAACCCACUAGAUACCCCCCCCCCUUUCUGGUCGAACUGUAAACGUUCAUUGGAACACAAUGUCGAGAGUGACUGAAGCUUUGUUUCUGUUUCAUGUAAUGUAAGCACAAUGUUUUUCCUUCGGUCCUGAUUCCCACCUAGUUUUUUUUAUCAAUUGUUUUACAGGCAGAUAAAAGCUGAGGGUGUAACAGUUCAGUUAUUCUGCCCUUUGAGUUCUGCAUCCCAGUAGAGAAUACAGUGAAUGUAGAAAGACAUUUUAUACAGAAUUAUACGUUUUUGCCAAAAUGCAUUUUCACCUUUUAGCAAAUCAAUCCAGCCCAAUUCUACCUGACUUGCCAAAAUGUCAUUGAUUUCAGUUCCCUGCCUGGUUUUACUACAAGUGUUAUUGUUGUGCUUGAGUUCUGUGCUGUCCGAUAGUCUGAAGAGCUCUGUGGUUCAUGUAUAUAUAACCUGUAUCCUCCAAUUUAAAUCCUUGCAGCAUUUUAAAAAAGGCACUCCCAGCGAAUCUCCAUUGGCUGGAAGGAGAGCUGCUGCAAGAUUGGCCACUCUCAGAUUCACCCCUCUCUUCCCAGAUCCCCCUCUCUCCUCCAUCUUCUGACUCACUUUACUCUAACUCCCUCCACCCCCCAUUGGCCAUAGGGAAUAAUGGAGAUCGGCAGUGGAUAGGGGCACCUUAUUUGGGAGAUCAUAACAUUGCCCCCCCAAGUCCAAUCUCCCUGAAACUUGGUUGGUCGUGAGAGUAGGGUUAGGAGAUGGUCCUCUGCAAAUUUGGUGCAUUUCACUUGCAAAAUGCCACCCCAAGCCACCUAGAAAGCCCCACUAGUCACGAAAGCUCUUUCCUCUUGCCGUUCCUUAGGAACGGAAGCACUUUCCACUUGCAGUUGUUUAGGAACGGCAAGGGAAAAACUGCUUCCACGCUACCCAAAGCUUAACAAAGCAUUCCAAAAUGCUUUGGUAAGCUUUGCUUCAGCAUUACCGAAUCACUUCAGCAACGCUGAGGCUGAUUCAGGAAUGCCAAAACAUCCUGAAUUGGCCCUGGUUCGGGUUAAAAUCCUGGAUCCCAAACCCGAAGUGCACAUCCCUACUUAAUUCUGCCAUUUUGUGUAAUUGAUUCCACUUUUGCUAAUCACAGUGAGGUCCAAGGAGCUUUGAAGGGUAUUGAAGCUACAUCUCCUGAUGACUGGAAAUCUUCCAGAACUACACAUCUGUCCUUUGAGAUUUCAGCUGGCUUUGCCCACCCAAUUUUAAGCAUAGCACUGAUCUGGUAUAGCAUGUCAGGCUAAGACAGGAGAGACCUGGGUUCAAUUCCCAGCACAAUCAUGACCACUGAUCUUCUUGGGCCAUUUAGCAUCUCGGCAGAACUUCACAGUGUCAUUGUGAUGACAAAACAGUGGAUGGGAAAGCCAUGUAUUCUGCCCUGAGCAACUUGGACAAAGCAUAAGAUUAAAAAUAAUUUAUAUUCAUAAUACACAGAAUCUUUAUAGCUCUUUCAGUAUUUCAUCCACAUGAUCUUGUAAUUUUUAAGUAGGCCAGUAUUAUCUCCAUAUUGCAAAUUGUGGAUGGAGACUGAGAAAGAGCCUAAGGCCAGCUAGGGAGGCCAUGCCAGAGGCGAGGUGGAUCACAAUUCAUUCUUAGCCACAGCUUCACCAGUGUCUUGCAAUUUAUCUUUGCAGCCAUAACAGCUAGAAACCUGCUUUUUUAAAGAAGGAAACCUGAGUUUCUCAGGAAGCUUAAUCCUUCACCUGUAGUAUAGAUCCUAGGAGCCCCGUGGUGCAGAGUGGUAAGCUGCAAUACAGCAGCCCAAGCUCUGCUCACGACCUGAGACAUCCCCCCAUGGGUCAGUAAUGACUUAAUGCUUGCACAGGGGACUACCUUUACCUUAGUAUAGAUCCUGUGGAGUUUCUGUGCUCUGCUCAGGAAUGGCUGCAUGUGUCCAGCUAUGACUUGUCUGAUGCCAAGGGGGGAAGCAUCUUUAUAGUAUGUAAGGGUUAUUUUUUCCCGUUAGUACUCCGGUGUGAUUAAAAGUGUUUGCUGCUUUCAUACAUGGGCAGGAAUACAUAGGAAUCAGCCCUUUGAGAUGUUUAGUAUGCCUCAGUCUUUAAAAGCAAUGGAAGCAAUUGCUGACCCCACAUCAGCUUUGGAAAAGGAUGUGAGAAGGAAGAGCAUGUGAGACAAUACUGUAUCAUUAGAUUAGUGUUUAAAUGUAAACAUUGGGCAUAAGUUAUUUCUUUAUUGCUCCUGAGAUAUUGGUCCCCUUAAAAAGGCAGUGUAUUUAAAAACCUGCUUUUAUUUUCCUUUCAUAAGUGGUCAGUGCUGUUGACCAGAUUGUGGUAUAGAAGGAGGAACAUGGACUUAGCUACAAAGGUCCCUGAAUAGACUUGGAAAAGUUAGUAUUUUUCAGUCUAAUCUACUUUACAGGGGUGGUUUUGAAGAUAAACUGGGAUAAUCCUCAUGGAUGCUCUGUUGAACUCCUUGAAGGGCACAAAACAAGACAGAUACAUGUUUUGUUUUGCAGUUCUCCAGAUGGAGGUGUUUGUGCGAAUUUACUCAUGCAUCUGGGCGUAUGCAUGUAACCAGCUCCAAAAGGGUUUGGCAGAUCCUGUUUUUAAUUAGACCUGAUAUUACUCCGUUCAGACUACUAGGUUAUAAAGAGCCUGGCCCAGGGUCCAACAUGCAGUCUCAACUGGUUAUUGGGCCAUGCUAUACAUUCAGGGAUGGCUGCAGUGUGGUGUGCAAUUUGAUUAUAUCAGCCCAUCUCGCCGCUCAUGGGCAGAGAUCUUCAGUACUAGUAGCAAUGUAUAUCAGUGAAGCUCCAAUCUCCACAGAUUGCUCACAACCUCUAGCUGUGAAUGGCAGAGCUCACUGUGGUUCCAAGGGGAUUUCCAAACCAACCCAGACCUACCAGCAGCUUCUGGUUCACUUUAGGUUCUGUCACAACAUGAUCCUGAAUCCACUCCUGAUACUGGAAUUUAAGUUGGAUUUCAAGGGCACCUUUAGCUUUAGUGUCGACUAUAUUUUAGAUGGAUCCUUUGGAGUGGGAAAUUGCUUUGGCUUGUCUAAGUUCCAAUUCAAACUCCUGAAAUGUCCUUUUUAAUACAAUGUUUGUUUUAAGGCCCCCACCCAUGCUAGUUUUUAAUGUGCUUUUUGUGCUCAGUAUGUGUCUGUCUUUUUGAGGAUUUAAUAUGUACAUAUACCCUCUUUUAAACAAGGUUGUCAGUAAAGUUUA